AGAGAGGAAAAAGCAGGGAGGGAGAGAGGGAGAUGAGCAUCUUGUUCCAAUGAAACAUCAAGCAGUGUGACGAUGACAGCGAAAGGCAGACAUAAAGCGGUCCCCUUCCCCCUGGCCCACCGGCUGACCAUGAAGGAGGUGUUUGACGCCGAGGGUAGGCCGCGGGUGGACCUGCUCAAAGCCCACCUCACCAAGGAGGGCCGGCUGGAGGAGGCCGUGGCCCUGCGCAUCAUCGAUGAGGGUGCCGCCAUCCUGCGCCAGGAGCGCACUAUGUUGGACAUUGAGGCACCAGUCACGGUGUGUGGAGAUAUCCACGGCCAAUUCUUCGACCUGAUGAAGUUAUUUGAAGUAGGAGGUUCUCCUGCCAACACACGCUACCUCUUCCUAGGGGACUAUGUGGACAGGGGCUACUUUAGUAUUGAGUGUGUGUUGUACCUGUGGUCACUGAAAAUCCUCUACCCAAAGACGCUCUUUCUUCUACGGGGAAACCAUGAAUGUAGACAUCUGACCGAAUAUUUCACCUUCAAACAAGAAUGUAAGAUCAAGUACUCGGAGCAGGUGUAUGACUCCUGCAUGGAGGCGUUUGAUUGCCUGCCCCUGGCAGCCCUGAUGAACCAGCAGUUCCUGUGUGUGCAUGGGGGGCUUUCACCAGAGAUCCACACGCUGGACGACAUCAAAAAGUUGGACCGAUUCAAGGAGCCCCCAGCAUUUGGACCCAUGUGCGACCUGUUGUGGGCCGACCCCCUGGAAGACUUUGGCAACGAGAAGACCCAGGAGUACUUUGGCCACAACACAGUCAGAGGCUGCUCCUAUUUCUACAGUUACCCGGCAGUGUGUGAGUUCCUACAGACCAACAACUUGCUGUCAAUCAUCAGAGCGCAUGAAGCACAGGAUGCUGGGUACCGUAUGUACAGAAAGAGUCAGACUACAGGUUUCCCCUCCCUCAUCACCAUCUUCUCUGCUCCAAACUACCUGGAUGUCUACAACAACAAAGCCGCGGUGCUGAAGUAUGAGAACAAUGUGAUGAACAUACGUCAGUUCAACUGUUCUCCUCAUCCCUACUGGCUGCCCAACUUCAUGGACGUCUUCACCUGGUCGCUGCCUUUCGUGGGAGAAAAGGUGACUGAGAUGCUGGUCAAUGUCCUGAGCAUCUGCUCCGAUGACGAACUCAUGAACGACGGAGAUGAGAUCUUUGAUGCCAGUGCAGCAGCUGCAAGGAAAGAGGUGAUCAAAAACAAGAUCCGAGCCAUUGGGAAGAUGGCCAAAAUGUUCUCUGUUCUACGGGAGGAGAGUGAGAACGUGUUGACCCUGAAGGGACUCACCCCUACAGGCAUGCUGCCCAGCGGAGUUCUGUCUGGGGGCAAACAGACCCUGCAGAGUGCUACCAUUGAGGCCAUUGAAGCCAUCGAGACAGUUAAGGACGCCGAAGCCAUCCGAGGCUUCUCCCCGCAGCAUCGGAUCAGCAGUUUCGAGGAGGCCAAAGGUUUGGACCGGAUCAACGAAAGGAUGCCGCCGCGGCGCGACGCCGUCAACAGCGUGGGCCUGUCGAUGGGCCGCAUGAACAUGGGAGAGCCCAAUGGGACCGACAGCAACAGCAAUAUACAGUGAUGGACGUACACUCCCACAUGCCCAGACACAUACCUGCAGUUACUACACUGAUAUGGUACCAUAUUUAUAGAUACGUGUACAUAGGCAUAUACACACAAGAAAAAUGCAUCACACACAGACACAGUAUUUCAUACACUGAAUAGGCAACAUCACACAGACAUGCAAUCACACACACACACACUCACACACACACUCACACAAUCUCCUACCCCUUUCCCGUUGCCCUCAGCUGUAUGUAAAGGCAUGAGCGUACCUGGACUUUACCACCAAAGGCUGAGUCUCUUCACUGAACUGCUCGGCCAUAUUUAGAGAACUUCAACUCCCAUGUACCUGCACAACAACAGGAACGAUACGACAAAAACACUCCCCAUGCAAAACAGGAGGAGCAGCUGUUCACCAUGUAUGUUGGGGAUCACCAGUGGGUUGACAGUGUCAGCAUGACGUGGCUGUGUCAGUGGUGUGUGAUGUGUUGGGGGGUGGUGGUUGUGGCGAUCAGGGGGUGGCGGCAUCAGACAUUUGUGUGGUUCUCUUUCCUGUUUGCGUCCCAAAACAGGAAGUGGAACCAGUGGAUUCUGUAGGGUCAUGGAUAUUUCUGCCUGCGUGCGUGCACAUGCUUCAACAUGUAAAUGUCCGUGCGGUUAUAUUUGAAAAUGUGUUUUCGUUUUGCAAGCACGGGCGGAUCUCGUCAUCAGCCAGGCAACAGUGAGAAAAAUCGGGAUGUGUGGUGCGGUGGCUUAUCUGUCGGCGAGAGAUGUGUGGAGAUAAUCUCAGCUGCAGUCUAAUCUGGGCCCUCGCUGUCCUUUUCUUCUCGGGAGGAGAGUCCCGUUUGCUUUUGUAGCACUGCACUGCACCCAUCCUCCAAUCGCACCCUGUACACCCCCCUCCCCUCCCCCACCCCACCCCACCUGCCAAGUUUCUCCCUACCUGUUGUGUGUAAAUAGGAUACAUAGAGAGGUUCUAUUGCACAUCUGAUGCAUAUGGUCACGAGAUGCAAGAUGCAGUAUAGCGGAAAUAGGAUGCUUUAUGUAUGUGAGGGAGUUGGGGGGGAGUUGAAAUGUGAAGUCAUACUCUAUUCAUUCUCUUUCUACAUCCUCCUUUCUUCCUGUGUUGCUGUCUGCUACCAAACAGCAGUGAUGGCUGGGAAUCUCCGGCCUUAAAAACAGGAAAUGAUAUUUCACAGAGGACACAGACUCUUCUGGUGAAAGCAGCAGCCAAGACAACAAGAAGAAGUCAGAAGAAAAGGUCUUUGUAAAGCAUUUAUAUUAACGCAUCAGUGCAUGCAGAGUUAAGUUCUUUGAUAAUAAUGUGAAGAUUAUAUUUGUGCUCUGUGUUUCACUAUGGUAGGAAAUUUUUUCUUCUUGUUUUUCUGGCUAAUAUAAAUGAACUGAAGAAUAAUGAAUAAUUUAUUUUGUACAUAAUGUUAAUUUAAUUUAUUUUUUGUAUUCAUUUUGUGUUAUAUUUUGUUGUUUUUUUUUUCAUGUUAUUUUCUUUAUGUUUUUUCUUUUUUUUCUUUUCUUUUUCACAACCCAUGUUUCCGGUUUCUUUCAACGCUGUACAGAAUGACAGUACGCUUCUAUUCAAAGUGUCAAGUCCACGUUCUCUCCUCUCUUCUUUGUCGAUGUACAGGAGUUGUUUUUAAUGAUAAAUAUGAAUAAUGAUAAACAAAUAUUAAACUAGCAUUGAUGAAUGACCAUACUAUAUACAGAGGCACAGGCAUUCAGGCAGCCAAAAGCAUGAUUGCAUGGUUAAAAUUUGCGCUGUUCAAAGCAAAAAGCAGCAAGACACAUUUUAACAGAAGAGCCGGUGUGUUGCCGUCACAAUUUAAAGGAAAAAAGUGUACUCUCUCUGAUCAUAAUUCUUGAUGAUUCCUCUUGUUAUUUGAUGAUAUUUAUGAUUCUAUGAUUAUUAUGAUUCUAUUUAUUAUGGACAUUAUUCUUAAUAUUUAAGCUCUCUCUCUGCUGGUUGCUCUUCAUGUUGCGUUGCUCCUUGGUUGAUCUUGUUGUGCUUCUUUGGGAGAGGUGAACCCCCCUGGGAGACCCUGUGCCAUAGAAAUUGUGCCACGGUUCUUACUUUCUUUCUCUCUCUCUCUCUCUCUCUCUCUCUCUCUCUCUCUCUCUCUCUCUCUCUCUCUCUCUCUCUCUCUCUCAGUCUCUCUCUCUCUUUCUGCUCUCUUUCUGUUUUGACUCCCCAGUCACUAACACUGUAAGCAUGCCCCAUGGGACGAUCCACUUUUUUA